CAGAGCCAGUGUAAAGACCCGAGGACAGGUGUAAUGUGGUAUGAUUUUCUAAUUCUGGUUAGAAUUCUGGCCACAGUGUUCUGGAUGAGCUACAACUCUCUGACUGUUUUUUUUGGGAAGGCCGGUGAGGAGUUUGUUACAGUAAUUCACCCUGCUGCUGAUAAAACCAUGAACAAGUUUCUCUAUAGUCCUCACUGGAAACAAAGCAUCUAAUUCUUGCAAUACUGCAAAGAAACCAUAGGUCUGGCGAUCAUACUAUCAGUGCUCAUUUGUAGGGGAGGCUUGUGUGUUGUUGAUUUAAAAAAAAAAUUGGUUUAUCUAACCCCAUUACUUUGUUCAUUAUUUGGCCAAAACAAAAAGUGUAACUUUGUCCCCACUCUCCCCUAUAGAACAAAAACAACAAAAGUUUUAGAUGUUACUCCACUCUUACAUUUUUAGCUAGGAAUUCACUUGGGGCAAAAUGGUUUAAACUAGGCAUGGGCCAGUAUGAGUUUCUGACUGUAUAAAUAUCAUGGUUUUACAGUGUCACAGUAUUAUGAUUACUGCUCUAAAAUAUAUUAUUUUUAAAUGUCUGGGUAACCAACAACAACUUUCCCUCUAUUGAAAACAAUAUAUUUUAUUUCAGGAAACAUUUGGAACAGUAAUAAUGUCAGGCUAAAUAUUUAAAAUAAAUAAUUGACUUCUGCUGUCUUCAUUAGUUUCAAAAACACAGAUUUCUUUACAAAACAUACCCCUUACAAAUACCUUAGAAAUGAUAUAACAGAACAUUUUAGCGGUUUUAAAACCUUGACUUUUGCAAAUCACUGUAAACCUUGAAACUGGUUAUCAUCCCAUGCCUAGUUGAAACCACAUUAUUUGCAGGACAUAUAUGGCAUCUUUAAUCCUUUCCCUAACUAAACAAAUAACAAGCAGUGAAUCCCAAAUGGCAUACUGUAUAGCCUAUCACUCUCUUAAAAGAGUGAAAACAAUCAUCCAAACUGCACUGGUCAAAACUGGCCACUUUGAAGUGCUCUCAGAAUGAAAGAUUUCAAGGGCACAAGUGAUGGAUACUUCAGGCCUCCAUGAAUGCAGAAAAGUUGUUUGGUGUCAAACAUUGUGUUCUAUUCAGAAAGGCUCAUUCCUAUGCACUAUCCUUUCAUCCUAACCUUUUAAAGCUGGGUAAAGCCUUCAAAUGCGAAGAUUAGGCCAAAGGGAUGAGCCCCUCUGAAUAGAAUACAGUGUAGUUGGAGAAACUCGAAAGAUCUUUUCUCGUACAGUUGUUCAAUGGUGACCUCAUGUGGACACUGCGCAUACCUUAAGAAAACAAAUUAAAUAUAUUUGCAAUAUGCAAUUUUUUAUGUGUUAUACAUAUGAUUUUAAGUAAACUGGGCUAUUGCUGUUAUUUUUAUUGUUAUUAAUAUUAUUUUACUUUUCAUUUGAAAAAGGCAAUCCUGUUAACAAAGUGUGUCGGGAUCUAAAAAGAUGGGUACCCUCUCAUUGAACAGCAUAAUUAUUCAAGAGUAAAGUAAUCAUUCAUUCAUUAGUCCCUUUAUUAAUUUGGGGUCGCCACAGCGGAAUUAACCGUCAAUUUAGCAUAUGUUUUGCGCAGCGGAUGCCCUUCUAGCCGCAAUCCAUCACUGGGAAAAAGUAUGUAAAAAUAUCAAAUUGUGCACAAAAUUUCAUGGCUGGUUGCUUACACCGCAAUAUGGACAUUUAUAAUGUUUGUACUUUUUUUAACAUUUAUAUCUCAUAUGGAACUAUUUAAAAGUAUUUAAUAUUUACAUAAUUUAUCUUUGCAUAGCAUCAGUGAGCGUUUAAAACCAAGCCACACUUUUCACGAGAAUGAAUUUUUUUAAAAAAAAUCUGAAAACAUAUUUCCCAAAACCAGGACAUCCCUAACUGCAUGAGGUUCAACGCCCUCUUAUGGACUGAACAAACGCAUGACGCUAAAAGCCAUGUGAGCACAGGAAUGUCUGACGGAGUCAUCAGCAGCACAGCCAUACAAUGCGCCUUUAUAUUGUCUUUGGCUGAUGGCGACUGAUAACAUUCAACGUGGAACUAUUUUUCGUGAGAGAAGCAAGUUGGGAUUUGAUUGACGCAGAAUUCUUGGUUACAGGCGGAGCAACUGAAAUGGAGAAAAGAAACCGAAACCUAAGUCUCCUCCAUUAUAAACAAAAGAUUUACCUGUAGUUUUCUUUACUCAGUCUAGCAGGUUUACAUCGGCAUAGCAGGCUGUACGAUGGACAGCAGAGAAGAACUACAGCAUCUCCUCUCCGAGUAUGUCGAAAACACUCUAAACUACAUCCAGACAGUGAGAGACUUCUGCGACAAGCAACCAAAAUGGACCCUUCAGAGAGAGACAGAGCUGGAGAACAUGAGAGACAUCAAGGACCAAGCAGACCAAGUCAGUCUGAAGUUUGACCACGUUCAGCGCUCCGAGAACAAGUUCAAGGCUUUCGGGGAAUUCCUGUGGAGUGGUUUAACUCAGGUCACAGCUGAGUCCAGAUAUCAGGAGCUGGAGAAGAAUCUGGGUGCCGUCCUGAAGGACACCCUCGAGGGGCUAGAGAAACUUGACCACUUUCUGGAUGCAGUGGAGAAGCUUAGAGUCACAUCGCUGUUUGUGUUCACCGGACGAAGCUUCUUGCCAAAAGGAGUGAGUCCAGAGAGUGUGCGAUCGGUCAUCACAGCUGCCAGGAUGGCUUCUCCUCUUCUAAUUCACUUCAAACGAAAUGCAGAAACCUUUUUCCUUCCUUCACUCAGUAAUCUGGAUGUCCUGACCUUUCAGCUGGACAAAUACAUACGAAUCACAGAACAGAUUUGUGAGAGGAUUGAGAAAAAAUCCAAGAGUUUUUUGUGGUUUGAAGAUGUCUAUAGUUGUAAAACGGGUGAACCUCUAGUGAAGUUCAGUUUGAACUUAAGUGAGGACUCCAUGCAAAACAUGCUCGAUCAUUUGAAGCAGUUGUGCAAAAUAAGGAUGGAUCAGAACAUCAGGCUGACCUUCAUUUUUCAGGAACAUGCUCAGCGCUUCAUUGGUAUAUUCAGUCAGCGUUGCUCUAGAAUGGAGCAGUUCCUGACAGAUCUGGAGGAGAGCGCAGUUCAGCUGGACAGGAUGAAGAUGGGCGCCAGUAUCUCCACUGUGGCUGGCAGUUCAGUAGGGGUGGCUGGAGGUGUUUUGUCCAUCGUUGGUCUUGCUCUUGCCCCUGUAACAGCAGGGGUGUCAUUGGCUCUUACACUGACAGGUGUUGGUCUUGGCGUGACCAGUGGUGUCAAUGGUAUAGUAACAGGCAUCACUGAAGCAGCAGUCAACAACCAUCAUGGGAAAAAUGCACAGAACAUUUUUCAGAGAUACAUGGAGGAUGUUGGGAAGAUACUAGACUGUCUGGAGGUGGCCAGUAGUGAGGAGCGUUUGGAAGCUGUAGCAGCAAUUGAUACUGUAGAUGUGUCUGCAGCAGGAAGGCUGAUUGUGCGUGUUGGAGGAGUAGCCACAUGUAUUGAUGCUAUAGUAGAUGGAGCUUCAGCUGUAACAGUGCUCAGAAGUGAAGAAGUGAUUGCGACCGCAGCUAAGAUCGGGCUACAGGAAGCACAGAGCGCUCGCAGCAUUCCCAAACUAGCUGCAGAUCUCCCUGACAUUGGACAGCUGGCAAAGGGGACCCCCCUAGCACUUACAAAGUCUGCUAGAGCUGGAUUUAUCACUCUAAAUGCCCUCUUUAUUGGCCUAGAUGCCAUUUUUAUUUGCAAAGAGAGCAUAAGUCUGGCUAAGGGCAGUAAGAGUGAUGCCUCUCAGCUCAUCCGCUCCAGAGCAACUGUGUGGAAAUCUGAGCUGGAGGCCUGGCAGAAGAUCCAUGAUUCCUUAUGCAUUGGAAUAUGGAGAUUUAGGAAGAGCCAGGAAGUGUUAGAGCAACUGUUUUUGCCAUAAAAUACUAAAACACUCAACAAGAGUUAGAAUUAGCAUCAAGCUUUUGCACUGAACGAGCAACUAUUUAGAACUGCAAUUAGACCUGCUCUUAUAGAACGCUAGUCAGUUUAACUGCACAACACUUUCAGACUUGUUCGAUAUAACAAUUUAUGUCUGUAAAAUAAAAGCAAUAAGAAAUAUUCAUGCACUAGCAAUAAAUGUUUUAAGAGUUAAAAAUCAAUGUACUGUGGAUAUACUGUAAGCUUAAAGCUGUUUAUUCUGUGUAUAUGUUUUACAUUGUAAAGUCAGCUGGAGUUUUGAAUAAAUGCAAAUAACAGUGAUAAAACAAUGUUGAUUUUGUUGAGGGUGGUGUGAGGGUUUUGUGUGCUUCAGUUAAACACUGACAGAUCAAGUCAUAUGAUAAAAUGGGCGUAUAAGCAUAAAAGGAUAUCCUGUAGACUGUUUAUAACAGCUUUUAUUUUUAUUUUUUCAACGAUGAUAGAAAAACAGGCAACUUUUGCUAAUUGUAAGCUAGAAGUGAGUUGUAUUAACAAUAAUAAUGAAUAUGAAAGUUUUACUUCUGAAAUAUCAGAAAAAUCCUGGUUUAAUGUAGAACUUGAGUUAAAAAGUUAGAUGUUUUUGAGCUUUGGGGAAGUCAUAAUGUUGUAAGAUUCCCAAUGACAGAACAAACAAAACAUUACAACAAUAUUACAACAAGUUGUGACAGUACAAGGGUCAUUCAUGGCAUUCGGUAAUAUUUCAGUCCCCCAUAUUUUUUUAAGUGGUUGUUGAAUAAAAUGUCAUUUUAAAAGCAUCACAAUUUCAUCAUUGAUUUACUUUGUUCAUUAUAAUGAAUAAAAAAAAUUACAUUAAAAACAUUUUUAGUAUAAAAAAAUAUAAUAUUUUGGUCACAAACCAAGCUUGUCAAUUUGUUAUGUCCCAGAGGCACUGUCAAAAUUUAAUAAGAUGCACACAGUGUCUACAUUUUUUUACUUAUUAAAACUAUUUAUUUGUGUUCUUUUCUUGUGAUUAAAAAAAAAAA